GUUUCGCGUGCGGUCGACAGGCCAUGCGUCCACCUGAUACUGCUCUACCGUUGGGGACUCCGGCCCCUGGCUGUGCUUCCGGUGCUUCCGGUGCUUCCUUUGCUGGCGCGCGGGAGCUUCUUUCGGCUCCCCAGUCUUAAGCCCACCCCGGACAGCAACAACAGCAUCCGAUGUUUACCACCAGCCCUCCGCCGGAGACGCAGGUGAACGACCCGGCUGAGCUGGAGGCAGUGCAGACGGAGGGAAAGACACUUAAAGACGUGGUGGAGGAGGUGGUGAGAACGUGCGCCAUCGAAGGGGUUCUCCUUUCUACCGCGAAGUCGACGAGGUGUUGUGACGGUGGAACGGAUCGUGUGGACAUGAAGAAGCUGAUUUGUACUCGAGGCGGGGGUAGCCGGCAACUGGAAUACGAAGCCAGGCUUGACACCGAACCUGGGGUAAUACGGCAGAACAGGAAGGGAAGCGCGAGGACUGGUUGUGAGUUUGAGGUUAGCGUCCGGCACGCGAAGUCCCACCCUCGGCCCGAGCUUAUCAACUUGAAGCUCGGGCACAACCACGUAGUCGUCCGCCAGGCUAUGGCCGUGAAGCUCCGCCUCGCCGGAAAGCUAACGGAGGAGCAGCUGGGACAAGUGGAGAAGAUGACAAGUAAAGGGAUGAAGCCCAAAGCUGUGCAUUAAGCAAUGCAGGCGUUACACGAGGACAGCGACAUCGAGAUCAACAGGCGCGCGGUGCAGAACGCGGCUGCCAGUGUGCAUGGGGCGGAGAACCGAGGGGUGCUGCCGAUGCAUACGAAGAGGUCAUGGCCGUCACUGCCGAC